AACCGAACACAUUUCCCAACAGAAACUGAAAAACUUCUAAUCAAAGAUGGGUAAGCGAGGAGGUAAGAAGAAAGCGAAUAACGGUAAAAGUAUCGCAUCAUCCUCAUCUCUUUCUAUUAAAGAACAAGCAAGUGGAAAGAAACAAUCCCAUAAUGCUAAAUCGAUUCUUAAACUUAAUCACUUUCAGAAUCUGGCUCAGUGGGCUUCUUCUUCUUUACCAUUUCAAUGCAACGAUGAACCUUCAAUGGGUUGUUUGGGUGCAUUUUUUGGUCGUCGUUUUGCUGAAUUUGGGGAGUCUUUAGGAAUUUCUCCAGGCCCUUCUCUUUUUUCUUGCCAAAGAUGUGAAACAAUUCUCCAACCUGGUAUCAAUUGCACUAUUCGAAUUGAAAAAAAUCGAGCCAAAACUAGAAGGCACAGCAAAAGUAAGACAGCCACACAGAAUAAUGUUGUUUACACAUGCCACUUCUGCUCUCACCGGAACCUAAAGCGAGGAACUUCUAAAGGGUAUAUGAGAGAAUUGGCUCCUCCAAAGCCCAGUUUUUCCAAGCUUAAAUCUGCAUCACAGACAUGUGUAGCGGAGAAAAGCAAUUCCAGUGAUGUUGAAACUGCCAGAACAGCCGACUCCACGAACUCUGCAUCACAAACAUGUAUGGAGAAAAGUAAUCCAAGCAAUGUCAACAGAACAGCUGAAGUACCUUCACCAGCAGUAAGCAAUACCAGUAUUUCUCUGUCAGUUACCCAAUCAAGUUCACUAGCCAACAGCGGUGCAAAAUUAUUGGAUAGUAAGAAGAGAAAAAGGAAAAAACCAGAACCGAAGAAAUCAGCAGAUGAAAAGCUGGUGAACUCAGCCCCAGCAGAUAAAGAAAAACAAAGCGGUGCUUCACAGAAAAGGAAAAAGUCCUGGACUACUCUGAAAGAGAUUGCAGAGAAUGAACAACAUGACAGGAAUCAGCGGUUCACAAAAUUUUCAAUUCCAUUUAUCUUGUAAUUGCGUUGGAUCACUUAAUUUAAACGCGAGGCCCUGUAGUAAAAUUUUGUUUGUCACAUUCGGUGUAAUCACUAAUCAGGUUGGUUAUUAGGAAUGUCCAUUUUCACGGAUUUGUAGUU